AAUUCUAGCGGAAUCCUGUAUGCAAAAUCCCAGUGAUAUAGUUUUGUCCACUGCAACACCGAAUGCAGAUAUUCAAUCCUAUCCUCAUAAAUCCAUUCAGCAUACUUCAAUCAAUAAUAUCGGUUCCAUAAAAGCUAGUGGUUGUCAGAUGUGCUCAUCAAUCAGUUGUAACAAUGAUCAAAAUACCGCAGAAUUGUCAGCGAAUUGUAGUGAAAACUUUACUUCAAGAAGUUCUGUUAAUCGAUCUACAGCUUUGUCAGACGACAUGACGGACCAUGAAGUCACUACCAAUAUAUGCUUAGAUGCUUCUGGAAAUCAAUGCAAACCGUGAUCAAGUGGUGACUCAUUGAAUGCAUCAACAAAUACAACUAAUAGUAGUAAUGAAAUUAAUAAUUACAAUAAAGCUUUCUGCAUAAAGCAACCAGAUCAUAUGCCUAGUUCAUCAUUUACAUGUACAGCAUUGUCAUCAACUGUAACAGUUUAGAGUUGACGGCGUUAGAGAAUAUAUUCGAACCCCUUUUCGGCUACAUUUUACUGUUUCUUGUUCUACAUGUAACGCUCCAAUUUUUAUAUGCACU